CCUACAUUCAGGGCGGGAUGUAAAUGUUGGGUGAUUUUUUACUCACUUUUUGUCUCUCCCACGACGUUAUUCCUAUAUUCCGUCAAUUUAGCUUGAAAGUUGUGAUCCCUUUCUUCUGGCAUUGAAGUCUCGACUACUUUGUUGAAAGAUGUCGUCUGGAACCGCUUUGCUUUAUGACGAGGAGAUGACCCGCUACAAACUGUUAUGGGUUGACCCGGCAUGUAAGAUCGAGGUCCCUGAGCGUCUGACUGUGAGUCACACAGCUCUGCAGAAGGAGGGUCUGGCUGAUCGCUGUGUCUCUGUGCCUGUACGCCAGGCCACCGACGCAGAGAUCCUACUGGCUCACAGUGAGGAGUACCUGGAGGCAGUAAAGAAGACACCUCACAUGAGCCUGGAUGAGCUGAGGAACUUCACCCAGCAGUAUGGGGAUGUCUACUUCCACCCGAACAUCUACCACUGUGCCAAGUUGGCCAUCGGGGCCACUCUCCAGCUGGUGGACAGUGUGAUGACGGGGAAAGUAAGGAACGGCAUGGCCUUGGUCAGGCCCCCAGGACACCACAGUCAGCGCAGUGCUGCCAACGGCUUCUGUGUGUUCAACAAUGUGGCCAUCGCUGCCCACUAUGCCAAGAAACACUACAAUGUCAAGAGGGUGUUAAUAGUGGACUGGGAUGUGCAUCAUGGACAGGGGGUGCAGUUCGCUUUUGAGGAUGACCCAAGUGUGCUCUACUUCUCCUGGCACCGCUAUGAGCACCAAGGCUUCUGGCCCAACCUGAGGGAAUCGGACUAUGACAGUGUGGGCAAGGAGAAGGGUGCUGGCUUUAACAUCAACGUACCCUGGAACAAGGUGGGGAUGGAGAACAGUGAUUACCUUUCUGUCUUCUUCCAUGUUCUCCUACCUAUCGCAUAUGAGUUCAGCCCAGAUUUGGUCUUUGUGUGUGCUGGCUUUGACUCUGCCAUUGGUGACCCAGAGGGUCACAUGUGUGCCACCCCAGACAUCUUUGCCCACCUGACCCACCUCCUAAAGUCCCUGGCUGGGGGGAAACUGUGUGCUGUCCUGGAGGGAGGGUACAACUUGACCUCACUGGCCCAAUCAGUGUGCCAGACCGUCCAGACCUUACUCGGAGAUCCCGCCCCCCAAACAUCAGAACUGAACGGCCCAUGUGAGAGUGCUCUGGAGUCCAUUCAGUGUGUGAGAUCAGCUCACAAGCCGUACUGGGCCUGCCUCAAACAUGCAGUUGCCCCACCCGUGUCUGAGCCCAGCACUAAACGCUGUAAGCUGGUAGAGAAGGAAGAGGGUGUGCAGGCUGAGGGGGGUCAGGAAGAAGAGGGUCAGGAAGAAGAGGGGGAUGGUCAGAAAGAGGAGGAAGAGGAGGUGGUGUGGAUGAAGCCUCCGUCCCGGUUGGCUCCUCCGGUCCACACUGAAGUGGCGCUCCCUGCUGACCUGGAGGUCCCUGACAGAUGUGACCGUGUGAGGUCAUCACUGGCCCCAACUCUUGAGAUACUGCAAAGACUCAGGGAUAACUUUUUUGAAGGGUCGGCAGAGGAGGAAGCUCUCAUGCCUCUCUGCAGCAUCAUCGCGCUCUUUGAAAAGAUGACAAAACAAGAGAUUCGUAACGGUCUGGCGCUGGUGCCUGAUGUCUCCGUGGCGAUGCUGUGUGCAGUGCAGCAUGCUGGGAUGUCUCUCACCAACCGGUUGUUGCUGGUAUACCUGGGGGAUGGGGAGAUCCCGACAUACAUCACUGAGGACGGGAAAGCACUAGUGGUGCAGAUCAGCAGUAAGGAGCCAGAGGAGCAGAAAUCCAAAUAUCAGGUUUCUGUGUGUCUGAAAAAGGGCUGCAGUGAUGUGCCAGGGUUGAUGCAGGCUGUGCUGUGCCUGCUCCUACCUCUGGCCUAUGAGUAUGACCCUGGGCUGGUGCUGCUGGUGCAGGGGCCAGGCAGUGGGGUGGGGAAGGCAGCCUGGGCACAGAUCACCAGCCUACUCCAGGGCCUGGCACAGGGCCACACACUGGCCCUUCUACAGGAGGGUGAGAAGGAGGCUGUAGGGGCCACGGCAGCCUCUCUGCUGGGGGACCCUGCUCCCUCUCUGGGGCCCCUAGGGGCCCCUCUCCCUGAGGACGUGGAGGCCAUGGAGAGACUGAGACAGAGGCUGCAGACACACUGGGGACUACUGCAGACUGCAGCUGCAAAGGGGAAAGAAGUUGAGGAAAAAGGGCAGAACCAGGACUGAAGUAAUCCAGGAACUGAAGUAAUCCCCACACUGGUUGGGUUUGUAACCAGGGGAGAAGAUCCAUCUCCCAACCUUCCAUUUUUAUACUGUUUGUAAUUUUGGUUAUUAAAAACGAUUCAACUAUC